GUUAAAACUUAAAAUUAAUUUUUUUUAAUGAGAAAUCAAAUUUCUACAAGUUUUUGGGUUAUACUUUUUGGUCAUUUUUUCUGUUUUAAUUUCAAAAAAAUUAUCCUUUUUGGACUUUGAGUGUAGUGCCGAUCAAGCCGAGCCGAUCCCAUCCCAUCCGAUGACGCCAGCCACUCACGCCCUAUGGGAUUCCCCCCAACUACACGCGCCCUUCCCCGGCGACCUCAUCGGCUCGACCGUACCGAAUUAUCUUUCGCCUUCUCACCCACCCUUCUCUUUCGCCUUUCUCUCUCUUUCCUAUCUCGCUCCCUCUCUCUCUCAUGCGUCCGGCACGCCUUUCUUCAUCGACGCUUAUCUCUCUCUGCCUUUCUCUCUCUGUUCUCUAACCCCCCCUUUUUUAUUCAGUUCACCGAUCCUUGAUCUGUUCCUGCGGUUGAUUUCUGUUCCCUGACGUUGUUGAUGGCGGAUUUACAAGAUGGGCUCACGCCGCCGGCGACCAAUCACCGGCCGAUGCCGGUCCGGGAAGAUUGUUGGAGCGAGGAGGCUACUUCCACCCUCGUGGACGCCUGGGGCCGGCGAUUCCUGGAGCUGAACAAAGGGAAUCUUCGGCAGAAGGACUGGCAGGACGUGGCGGAUGCCGUGAACGCUCUACAUGGUCUUACGAAGAAAACCCACCGUACUGAUGUCCAGUGUAAGAAUCGCAUCGAUACUAUUAAGAAGAAGUAUAAGGUUGAGAAGGCUAGGGUUGUGAGCUCCAAUGGGAAUGUUUCCUCCUCUUGGCCGUUUUUUGAACGGUUGGAUGCUUUGAUUGGGUCCAAUUAUAAUUCGAAAAAGUCGUCCCCGUCGCCACCGGUGGCUCUCCCGUUGCCGUAUCGUAAGACCCAGUCCCCGCCGGUGACUGCUGUGCCAGCAUCUGUGGCACUGCCGCAGAAGCGGUCAGCUGUGCCGGCUUUAGAUGAUGGGUAUUUUAGGAGGAAUUAUUCAGCUAUGGCAGCAGCGGCAGCUGCAGCAGAGGUUGAUGAGGAUGAGGACGAAGUGGAGGAGGAGGAUGAGGAAGAUGACGAGAGGGGAAGUGAGGUUGAGGAGGGGGAGAGGGAAAGGGAAGGGAUGAGGAGGUUGGCGAAGGCGAUAGAAAGGUUUGGAGAGAUGUAUGAGAGAGUGGAGAGAGAAAAACUGAGGCAGAUGGUGGAUUUGGAAAAACAGAGGAUGCAGUUCGCUAAAGAUCUCGAAGUUCAGAGGAUGCAGAUGUUUAUGGACACGCAGGUUCAGCUGGAGAGGAUAAAGCGUGGCAAGAGAUCUGGGUCUAACGUACUCCCAACCAUAGCUUGAGCGACAGAGAGCAGGUUAGUCAAAUCGAACAGUAUUAAUAUAUGACCACAUGCAGGGUAAAGUUUGCAACAUCAACUGCUGUGUCCUAUACAUAUGGUCAUAGACAACCAUACUUGAGUGCGCAACAAUGCACACACUGGAGUAAAGUGCAAGUAUGGCUUAGUGUAAAAAUGAAUCCUGAUCAAGGAAAAUUUUCUUGAGUAUAUGUGUAAAUGUGCAUUAGUGCUUGUUUAAUCUGGCAACUUAAGUUAUAUUUUGUUUAAAACGAAUCUGACUGAGGAAAAUUUUCCUGAGAUAAUUGAAUUGAGUCUGAGCAUUUGUACGUAUUCUCAUUGUGGUUCUAGUUUAUGAUGUGGUAGGAAUUGAUUUAUAAACUCUUGAUUGCCCACCUUGUUGCUGUUGUGCCUUCUUGAUGGUCAGUUAAAUACUAUAUUCUACAAAUAAAGUAUGGAUGUAAAAUGGGUAGUUUUGAAGGGGGAUCCUGAUCUAAAAGGAACUAUUAGUAAGUUGAUUCUCUUCCUGUUGUGACAUUGAUACAUAACAACAUUAGAUUCGCUUGAUUAUGGGUACGUAGUCAGAAAAUUUGAAGAGUGUGGAGACAUUCUUUAAUAAGUAUCUGAUUUAAAUUCAAAGUUAGUGAGAUGAGUUUACAUUGGCUACAUUCAUAUGACUUGAACCCUUGGAAUGGUCCUAUACAGAGCAACAGAGUGUGGUAAGCUGGUGUUCUUACAGAUUCAUGGUGCCCAUGCCUUUAACUACCUUCGCUUAAUUGACCUCGAGUCCAUGGUCAAAAAAGAUUGACCUCUGGUCACUUAACUACGGAACAACAGUUAAUUCCUGUUUUGCCCCAUUGUUUUUCAUUUCCUGCUUUCCAUUUUGUUUAAGGCUUAAAUCAUCAUUCGUCAAACUAUUAGUCUCUUAAAGCAAUUUGGUGUUAAUGGACGUGAUUCAUGCAUUUGGGAACUUGAAUCCCAUCAAUUGGGAAGAGAGAAUCUUGGAGAUUUAUACCUGAUUCUUUAGGUUUUCAUUGGUUUUAUAUUGUAUUUGGAAAGAUUUUGGAACUCUUUAUUUCUCUUUAUUUGAAGUUACUUUGAAAUAUAGUUAUUUUAUUUUAUUUUUGAAUGUGUUAUAUUUCAUCUGUCUUUUAUGCCCGUCAUGACUUGGAUGAAAAAUAGUGUUUGUUCUUGAUGUUUAAAAUUGGAAUCCAUAUACUGAUGCCCAUGAUAUGAAGUUUUGUUAUUUUUCUCGUUUUUUUUUUUUUUGUAAGUUUCUGGAAUAUCCUGCUGCAUGUUUUCCUUCUAAACGUUAAAUCUUCAGACAUACCAUGUUUUAGCGACGUUCCUUAUGUCAAUUUUCUUCUUCCCAAGUUGAGUUCAAUUGGGGUUUAUGAUUUUCUCUUAUUAAGCCUUAACGAGGUCACAAACAGCCAGGGAGUUCGAGGAUUGAAGUUAAAAGAGAGAAAAAAAAAAAAAAUUCUCUGCAUCCAGAUAAAACGAGGAAAUAAAAAAUUGAUGACAGAAGAAGUUUUUCCAUUUGGAAUGAGUUUAAAUCUCAUUCCUUUUAUUUUGGCUGGGAUUAUAUGUAACUGUGUUUUUCAACCGUGUUUCUUUUAUGUUUUAAUCCUAAUCUUAAGGAGGGUAAGUUGAGACCUUAAACUGACUUCUAUCAGCACAGUAUUUCUUGGAGUGUAAUGGGAGAUACCAUCCUUCGAUGAUGAACAUAUAAUGAAGUUUCCGUUUCUUGUUUGUAAUUAUGUGUCU